AGAAAAAGAAGAGUGCGGGGUACGAUUCCCGCUCUAAUUCCGUAAUUCAAUACAAAAAGAGCGCCAACAAAAAAUCUGCUUCUCUCUCUCUCUAUUUAUGCUUUUCUUUGAUGUUUUCGUUGCGGAUUACCCGACCCGCACAGAACCGAAGCGAAGAUAGCAUCACAAAUGUUCGGUAGAAUCAGGGCAUCGACUUCGUCACUGGAAACCUUAGAGGGUUCUCCUUCCAAGAUUCUCAAAGAUGACACCUUCUCCAUCUACGAGGCUACUCUCAUGAAGCUAAAGAUUGGUGCGCGACUUGAUACAAGUGAGGUUAUAGACGAUUCUUCAGUUAUUUCACCUUGUGCUAAAGAAGCAAGUCCGCCAGAUUUUAAUCCAGAGAGCACUUCAUGUUCCGAGAAAACCAUGAUGGACACAGAGUCUGAUAACUCUUCUCCCAGGGUUAGUGAUAUUCUUUCCGGUGAGAACUCAGAACAGCGAAGACCAGUUAAUCUUACCAUUCUAGAUUUCUAUAGAGUGGUGAAUACCGGACAUGCAGAUGUUUCAUCUUCUGCAAAGACAACAACUUCAUCGGAGAAUGGAAGUUCUGAGUCUAUCUCGUCAAUUUCUGUUGACUAUGAUUGCAGAAAUGAAGUGGUCGGUGUCCAAAUUUUGCAAGAUUGUGAAAUGUCGGAUUAGAGUUGUAUUUAUCAUGACCUGGAAGCAAUGAAAUGAGCAACACAAAUAUGUAUACCUUCCACUGUUCCAUGCAAAUUAUUUUCAGCUGUUGUAUUAUAUCCCAUUCUUCUGUUUACAUUCAGGUGUGGACCAGUUUUGUUUCAAGCAGAAAUGCUAGUUAAAAUCUUUUGCCUGUUUCAGCCAUUA